AUGACGCCCAUCCAAUCCCUGCUGGCCCUGGUGAACCUGGCAACCCUCGGCAACGCCCUCAAGCGCAUCACCACCCCCAAGGCCGCCAUCAAGAUCAUCGCCGACGCCCCGUCUGCGACCACCGCGCCACUAGCGCCCCUGGCCUGCGCCCCGGAGCCCAAGUCGAGCGACGCCACCACCCCCGACCCCGUCCCUCAUGCCGCCGCCGCUGACGCACCCACGGCCGCCAAGGCCAGCUGGUUUGUGCGCGCGGUGUCCGGCCUCAAGGACAGGUGGCGCGCUGUGACUGCCGCCGCCGCCACAAAGACCCCUGCUGCUGCCGAGAAGCACGCGCCCACGCCGCGCACGGCCAGCGCCACCUCCGCCAGCGCCACCUCCAGCACGAGCAACACUUCCCAGGCCGCUGCCGCCGCCGCCCCUGGUGACGACGCCUCCGCCCCCAAGGCCCCGAAGAAGGCCAACUGGUUUGCGCGCGCGUUUGCCACCGCCGAGGCCAACGACAGGCGCCCCACCACCCCUGCGGCCCCCAUCAAGGCGCGCUCCGGCGGCACCCCGGCCAAGCCCGGCGACGCCGAGCCCGCCACCGCCGCCACUGUCGCCGCCCCCAAGGGUCGCAUCGGCGCCGCUCUGGCUGCCAAGCUUGCGCGCCUCUCGUCGCGCCGCAGCCGCGACCGCCCCGAUCAGGUGGCGGCAGCAGCGGAGGCGCUGGGGGGCGAGGCGGCGGUGGCCUGCUAA